UUCGCACAAUAAACGAUCCAUUCUAAGGGCGAACCAAUCAAACUGCAAAUUUAUACAAAUUAAUACUAAACGGGUUAUAUUAAUUUUAUAACAAAAAUUAAGUAUGUAAAUAAGUUUGAACGGAGUCGUAAUUAAAACUAAUUGGGUGUAAUAUAGCGUUAAUUGUUUUGUAUCGCGCCGCCUUUUUCUUGCGAAUUUGCCCUUUUUCAUGCGUGAUUUUUUUUCCCAAAUAGUGUUUGAGAUUUGUAAAGUUUUUUUCUGUGGGAACGACGAGGGGGCUGUAGCGAGCGGAGACUGGUGCGCGAGUGUUGUUUUGUAAUUAAAGAAGAGAACAAGUGCAGAGUACAGCAAAUGAUUUGUGCGCUCGUGUGGACAAAGAUGUCGCUAUAGGGGGCGGCCGGGGGUGGCCCUUUGAGGCCAUGCUCAACAACCUCACCGCCACUGCCUUAGGAGGUCACAAGGAGGCGUGCGGCGAGGACAAGCAGCUGGAGGGCAAGGGCGAGCGCGCGCACCAUGCGCUGGGCGCACGCCUGCAUCUCGCACACAUACGCAACGAACACCUGCAAGGCGGGCUGCUUCAGCAGCAGUCGCAACAGCCGGCCGGGGCUCACGGGGGCCACGGUGCACACGGGGGUCACGGGGCGCACGGGGGGCACAUGGCGACGGUGCCGGUCAGCAUGCCGUCCGCCGCCUCCGACAGCGACAAGCCCACCAAGCAGAAGAGGCAUCGGACGAGGUUUACACCGGCGCAACUGAACGAGCUGGAGCGCUGCUUCUCCAAGACCCACUACCCCGACAUCUUCAUGAGAGAGGAGAUCGCCAUGCGCAUCGGACUGACGGAGAGUCGUGUGCAGGUUUGGUUCCAGAACCGUCGCGCGAAGUGGAAGAAGCGCAAGAAGAGUACGAACGUGUUCCGUUCGCCCGGGGCAUUACUGCCCUCGCAUGGCUUGCCGCCCUUCGGCGCCCCAGACGUCUGCGGGGCGGGCGUCUUCGCCGACAGGCCUUGGUCCAUGCCCUCCGGUCUGGGCCAGCUGUCACAGUCGGGCGUGUCUAUGGGCGUGGGCGUGGGCGUGUCGGGCUUUGGGUCGGGCGCGCUGCCGCAGCUCGCCGCGGACCUGGCGCCCGCGCAGCAGUACCAACACUACCCGCUCAACUCUAUAGGCGACUCCAUGAUGUCGUACUGCGGGGGCGGGGGCGGCGGGGCCGGGGGCGGGGGCAACGGAGGCGCGCUGGACGGCUCGCCCGCCUCGCCGCACGGGCACUGCAACACCGCCUCGCCCGGCACGCCAGGAGGCGAGUGCGAGGAGCAGUCAUGGCGCGGGCACAGCAUCGCGGCACUGCGCCGGCGCGCCUCCGAGCUGUCGGCCGCCAUCCCGCCGUACCUGCAGCUCAACUAUGACGCGCACAGCCCCGUCUACUGACCACCUCCGACACCGCCCCGACUGCUGACCGACAAUGUCCCGUCUCCUGACCGACAACGCCCCGGUCACCACGCGGAAGGCAACAAACGUACCGAUAGACUUCUAACUUUUAUUUAUUAACGUGGGGAAAGUCUCUCAAGAAUGAGAUGUGUCGGGUUUGCAUCAACUAAACACGAUGACUAUUUCAAUGUCAUUUGUCCACUUUUAGCCAUACAAAUGUAUGAACUAAACCUGACAAAUGUUCUGGUGUUUCAGUCACAUUAAGCACUUUUUGGUGGAAACCAGAUGUAACAAUUGAUACUAUACAAGGUAUCCGAUG